AUGUCAUAAUAAUUCUGUCUAUCUUUUAAAAUAAUACAUUAAUUUCAAAUUCAAUCAUAGAUGUUAAAUUCUAAAUUAAAUAUAUCAACAUUGUUAAUCAAUAAUUAGUGUUAUCUUAUAUUUGCAAUUAAGGGCUUGAUCUUUGUUUCUAAGUUUGGAAGUAUAAGAUAUCGUUAAAUACAAGCAGAUACCUUGUUUUUUAUGUUCAAUUUCAAAUUAAACUAUUUAUAUUUACAAUCCUUUAUUACCUUAAUAUCCGAGCUUAUAUAUUAAACUCAAUUUAUCAUCGAAAUUGAUUCGCAUUGCUUAAUGGUCUAUUUAAUCUUUUUGUAUUUUGAAAACUAGAUCAAUAAAUUAUUAAGAAAAAAAAGUUGUAAGCUUAAAGUAAAUUAAUCUUAAAAAUUUGAACACUCUUACCCAUAAAAGAUUUAUAAUUAUACUGUUAAUACUUUGUUAAAAUUAACUACUUAUUAAUCUACACCAAAUUAAAGCCUGACUUAUAAAUCAAAUUUCAACGAUUGUUAACCUAAAACUAAAAUAAAGAAAAUUUUUUUAAUGUAAGAUUUAAAUUUAACUGAUCGAACUUUUAUAAUUACUAUGGUUAUAAUCCUUGAUAGGCAGGCAAGUCUUUGUUAUUUUCCUAAUAGCUCUGAUAUUGAUAACUUUGAUUAAUCUGAUUUACUACACUUUUCAAAUAAUGUAUGCAUAAUUGCACAUUAGUAACUGCAGUGA